AUGGCAGCCAAUUGGCCGAGUUCAGGCGCUGACCCUCCCAACUUGAAAGAGCAUGUUACCUUUCUACACGAGGCAUGCACCCAACUGCAGGCGGUCCAAGGCUGUUAUACCGCGAUACCAACAGCUGUUAUCGGCCCCAUCAUUGACUCUACCGUAAACCUCUUGUCCAAGGUUACCUGCCACCUCGAUGAACAGCCGGAGACACAGACUGCCACCCAAACCCAUCACCUCUUCAAAGAGCAACGCGGCGCUCAACUCAAGGACCACGAAGCCAUCAAAACCGCCUCCGAGGCUGCCACCGCCUCCAGCUGGGUCACAACACCAGCUGGAACUCGCGUCGCCUCAUGCGCACAAAUGGCAGCGACAGCUGGACUGACGCCUGACGACCUGACGCCACAACGUCCUGUCCUCUCAUCGAGCCCUUCCUCGACCCCGAUAGUUGACAAAGGAAAUCAGGUCAUCGUGAAACUCUAUGACGUUGGGCUAGCCCAACGCCUUCGAGAGUACUCCGCCACCCAGCUCAAGGACGGGUUGAACGACCUUCUCCAAGAAGACCCCAAAGAGAAGAAUGUCAAGAUCGUGGCAGCACACCAACUGAGGAGCGGAGACAUUGAAGUCAUCGCAGAUUCACUCAGCACGGCUGUUGAACUACAGACACACGUAGGAUGGGUGAAGGGAAUCGGGCCACGGGCAGAGGUUGUACAAACAGGAUACGGCGUCAUCGUACCCGGGAUACCCGUCAAUACAGUCAACAUUCAAGACCAGCAGGGAAUGAUCCAGAGAGUCCUAGCAGAGAACUAUUCAGUGAUCCCUGAUGCCCAUAUCUUGAACGUGGCCUUGUUCAGGAAAGAUGUAAUUGGGCGAUGGACCUCCCUGGUGGUCAAAUUCUCCCACCCCGAGAUGGCCAACGCAAUCAUUCAUGCAGGCUUUCUCUGGGGAGGGACAGUUUAUCCUUGCGGACUCUACGAUCGCUCAUGCAGGAUCCAACAAUGCCUUCGAUGCUAUUGUUACGGCCACAUCGCUGCUCAGUGCGAUGGUCCUCAGACCUGUGGUCAUUGUGCGGGAGGCCAUGAAUCCAACGAAUGUACAGCCAAGAACAUCCCCGGAUUCACGCCCCUAUGCACAAUCUGCAAAGGAUCCCACGAGGCGUGGAGCCGCGACUGCUCAGAGAGACAGAAAGAAAUUCGAAGGGUGACGAUAGCCAAGCUGACAAGAAGCCACUACUGGCCGACACCAGCGUAUCAAGCUAAUGCAGCGUCGAGGCCCAGCACCCAGAUAGGACCUGGACCAACAAGUAGCACAAGCGAACCGACACAGCCGAGCGAAGAUGGGAGUUCUCCCUACCAACCGGACGUUGACUCAAAGACCUUGAGGGCGAGACUACAAGCAGGAAUCAUCUCGCCUCCAUUCAUACCACAGACACAGCCUGGCUCCGUACAGCCCAUGUCGUACCCCCAAUGGACUGCAACUUGGCCGACGCUACCAGUAGUACCAACCCUGGACACCUUCACCCCGAUAGCUCCUGGAGCAACCAUGAUGGCACCAGAAAUGGAACGUGAAGAUGACUUCGAUACAGAUAAGUGGCAGCACCACCUUGAUCUAAGUUGGAUGGACGCAGUUACCGAAGAAGAACACCCGCCUAGUCUCUGA